UGCAGGCCGCCGGUCAGCCCACUGGCUCGGCACAACAACACAAACGCCAUCUUUAGCUGACAAGCAAAGUACCCGAAGCAGAGUUGUGGAGAGAAACUAGGUCAAGCGCUCGGAAAACCAGACACACUUUCGAAAACCUCGCUUCGUCAGCUUCCAGUCAGCGUUUGCUAACCUCCCGACACACCGUGCUGUUGUAUGGUCCAAUGUGUUUGAUCGGUCGGCCAGCUCGAACGCAGUUUUCUUGUGUCGGUCCGGGUUGACGUUGAUUGAUCGCCUUUCAAUAAUAAAUAGCCGACGGAGGUGAACGCCAGGAUGAAACGAGGUCUCCAAGGGAAUGAGCAGGAGGAUGGAGGUGGCACCAGCGGCGGGUGUCAGAAGACUCUUAAACGGUCCCGCAAGCAGAGGAGGGAGAAAGAUUUGGAAGAGGAGGGAGCCCAUUGGGAGUGUCUGCCACAGGAAAUCCUGCUCCACAUCUUCCAGUACCUGCCUCUACUGGAUAGGGCUUAUGCUUCUCAGGUGUGUCGGGGCUGGAACCAAGCUUUUCACAUGCCAGAGCUGUGGCGGUGCUUUGAAUUUGAGUUGAACCAGCCAGCCAGCUCGUACCUGAAGGCCACGCACCCAGACCUAAUCAAACAGAUAAUCAAAAGGCACUCCAACCACCUACAGUAUGUCAGCUUCAAGGUGGACAGCAGCAGAGAGUCCGCAGAAGCAGCGUGUGACAUCCUCUCUCAGCUUGUGAAUUGUUCUCUGAAGACUCUCGGACUCAUCUCCACCGCCAGGCCGAGCUUCAUGGAGCUGCCCAAGUCUCACUUCAUCUCAGCACUGACGGUGGUCUUUGUCAACUCCAAAUCUCUGUCCUCCCUAAAGAUUGAUGACACCCCUGUAGAUGACCCCUCUCUCAAAGUCCUUGUGGCCAAUAACAGUGACACGCUCAAACUGCUGAAAAUGAGCAGUUGCCCUCAUGUUUCACCUGCAGGCAUCCUGUGUGUGGCCGAUCAGUGCCAUGGCCUGAGAGAACUGGCUCUAAACUAUCAUCUGCUGAGUGAUGAACUUCUCAUCGCCCUCUCCUCAGAGAAGCACGUCCACCUCGACCACCUACGCAUCGACGUUGUCAGUGAAAAUCCCGGCCAACAGUUCCACACCAUCAAGAAGAGCAGCUGGGACGCCAUGGUGCGCCACUCUCCUAAAUUCAAUCUGGUCAUGUACUUCUUUCUCUACGAGGACGAGUUCGGCCCUUUCUUCCGCGAUGAAAUCCCCGUCACGCAUUUGUAUUUCGGCCGCUCCGUCAGUAAAGAUGUGCUCGGCCGCGUCGGACUCACCUGCCCGCGUCUGGUCGAGCUGGUGGUGUGCGCCAACGGGCUGCGACCGCUGGAUGAAGAGCUCAUCCGCAUCGCCCAGCGCUGCACGCAGCUGUCGGCCAUCGGCUUGGGCGAGUGCGAGGUGUCUUGCAGCGCCUUUGUGGAGUUUGUGAAGAUGUGUGGCGACAGACUGACACAGCUAUCCAUCAUGGAGGAAGUACUGGUUCCAGAUCACCGUUACGGGCUGGAUGAUAUCCACUGGGAGGUGUCAAAGCAUCUGGGUCGCGUCUGGUUCCCAGACAUGAUGCCUACGUGGUAAAGCUCAGGGAGAAGGUGUAGGUUUGUCGGAGUUUAUCUUCAUAUUUCUCUUCUUUUGACAAAGGCCUCUUUCCAGGCACAGUUUGAGCUCCCUGAAUACAUGAAGAAAUUACAUCUAUCUGAGCUUUGAUCUGAUAAAACAUAAUUUUUGUUUUCAAAAGCAUUGAUUUCAACUCUGUUCUGUGUAUAUAUAUAUUUUAUAUAUUUAAAUGUAUAUUUCUAGAUCAUUAGAUUAAUCUUAUUUUCACUCAUACGAUCUAGCACUUUCUUUUCUUGACCCCUUUCAAGGGCUGUAAAACCCUGCAGGUCGUGUAUGUGUAGUGUUUUAGGAGUAUUAAGGGGUGACACUUUUUCAUGGGAAUAUACAAGAUUGUAGGAUAAUUACUGGGCAUAAGUUUGGGAAGUUAUUUCACACACACAGGUUGUAUGUACCACGUCUAAAUCUGUCAUGAUACAGAUAAAUAUACAUUUUGCCAUAUCAUAAGCAGGCAUAUGUACAAUUGUUCUAAUAGAAAAAAUAAUGAGUUUAAUUCAAUUGAAAUGACUUCAUAUACAGACAUAUUAAACAGAUUGUCAUUACAACUCUGAAUGCACAAUGUCUUAGAAGUCAUCAGUGUUGUAUUUUAUAAAAAUGGACUUUGUGCGAUAGAAAAAUGUACAGACAUUAGAUGGAGAUUAUCACCAUUAUAAGCUAAUGUAUUUGUUUAUAAUCAGUUAAAAUCACCAAAAUUUAAAUUCUAAGGAAAGGUUUCUGAAGUUUUUCUGAUACUUUUAACAAAAGUAAUAUUGAAUUAUGAUCGUACAAGAAUAAAUAACAUUUCAUUGUAAAGGGAUGGUCUAUAUGUGGAGCUUGUAUAGACUGGGUCAUGUGACUGUGGUUAGGUAGGCAGUACAGGUAGCACAUACAGAUUCCAUGUUGAACACAUACAUUUUUGUUUGGUUUAGAAGUCUGUGUGUCUUCUGCUCCCAGCAUCCAUCAUUGGGUCACUGCUUAAUGUCUUGAAUGCGUUUUUGAGUCACUGCAUCUCAUGUCAAACUGUCUCUUCCUCCGUCCUCGGACAAGGACUGGGUUUUUCCUGCAUGGAAGAAUUUUGGAGUCCUCCAAAGAGGUUUUUAACAACGCCAAAAUGUUAAGAAAUGUGUAUAUAAAAACACACGUAUAUUAAAAAUAUGAUGCUUUUUAGUCAGUUUUGUUAAUUGGGGUUUCAUUUACAAAAGAAUAAUAUACAUUUUUGUUUAGUGAAUGGGCAACAAGAACAGGAAAAUGCCAAAGUUUCUGUCCGCUGAAGUAACAAAUGCACUGCUAGAGCGAUCAUGCUUACUGCUGUGCAUGGUCACCUUUCAACAGCUCAAUCUGAGCCAGGAAAAACCCUGAAGGAGCUUUUCUAAGGACAGAUACUUGUGAAGGCAGUGCUCUCAAGUGACUUUUGCUAUGAUAAUCUCAGUCUGCGAGUGUGUGUGUGUAUAUACACUGCUGUUCAAAAGUCUGAGGUCACCCAGACAAUUCCAUGUUUUCUAUGAAAACUCUUGCUUUUUUCAUGUGCUAACAUAAUUGCACAAGGGUUUUCUAAUCAUCAGUUAUCCUUUCAACACCAUUAGCUAACACAAUGUAGCAUUAGAACACAGGAGUGAUGGUUGCUGGAAAUGUUCCUCUGUACCCCUAUGAAGAUAUUCCAUUAAAAAUCAGCCGUUUUCAGCUAGAACAGUCAUUUACCACAUGAACAACGUCUACACUGUGUUUCUGAUUAAUUUAUUGUUAUAGUCUUUGAAAAAAAAAAUGCUUUUCUUUAAAAAACAAGUACAUUUCUUAGUGACCCCAAAUUUUUGAAUAGUAGUGGGUACAUAUACAGUGGUAGAACAGUUUUUGGACUCUUAAAAUGUUAUUCAGUCUCAAAUAUUGUCAUGAAUUAUUUGUGGAAAGAUCGUUUUUGUGUUUCAGAAGGUAUGGCUGCAUUAGACAGACACAAACAAAUACAAAUGAUAUUUUUUGUUUAUUUUUUUAACAGGAAAAACGAACAAAACUAAAUUCUACCAAAAUGAUCCAAUGCUCAAAAUUUCUGUUUUUUAUGGAACCAAUCAAUUAUAAGUUUUUAAAGGCUUUUUAAAAAAAAAAAAAAAAAAAGGAUUUGUUAAGUAUUAUGACACUGAUUAUACUAAAUGAAAUGGCACUUGAAAACCUAAGAGUGAUUCUUAGUGCAAUAUACAUGCAAAUGUAUGGGAUGUCUGAAAUUUUUUUCCACCACUGUGUGUAUAUAUAUAUAUAUAUAUAUAUAUAUAUAUAUAUAUAUAUAUAUAUAUAUAUAUAUAUAUAUAUAUGAUAAUCCUUUAUUACUCCCUACGUCAGGGGAAAUUAGCAAGUGAUGUUUUAACAUAUUUUUAUGUGUUUUGGCAUUGCCUGUCCCAUACUUUUUGUAAAUAUCAAAGUAUUGUAUGUAAAGAUUAUUGGGAGGGACAAAUCCUAAUUGUGAACAUUAUAUAUUGAUACAUUUAAUGAAACCUCUUUGAUGCACUUUUACUUUAAUGAAGGUCCCAAGUUUAACCAGUUGAGCUACUGUGUCAUUAGGGUGUGAAUUGAACACAUUUUACUGUUGUGGUCUGUAAGUCAGCCAAUGCUAUGAGUAGAACUUGUUAGUUCAGCUGCUUUUUUGGGGUUAUUUUCGAUUUUUACAAACAUUUUAGAGUCUAAGGACUUUAAUUAUUGCCAGUUGGACAAAAAAAGUCUAUCUGGGAAACUAAACCUCCUUGACAGCACAAUCAUGUUGAUAUUCUGUCUAAAAUUAUUUAACCAAGAAAGAUAUAUUCUGGCUGAGAUUUCUAAAAUGAGAUUUAUAGUUAAAUGGUGGUGCAGAGAAAAUACCCAUAUUUUAAAUUUGCAUGGUUUUUUUUGUGAUUUUUAGCUCACUUUAUAUAAUUAGGAUUUACAUUCUGGGACAAAGCUGCACAGUUGUAAACAACAGGUUCCUCAUGCUGUCAUACAGAAACUUACAAAAAAUUCUAAUUUAUACCAUUAUUAUCAGGAGUUAUAUAUUGGUUUGAGAUCAUAUUUGUUGCAUAAAAAGAUGAAAUGCAACAGAAUUUCUGUUGUGCGUUUGGAUGUCGCAGCUCUUAAUGUACCAGCUAAGAAUAUGACACUCGUAAUCUUAAUGAGACGGGACGGUUUGGGAGCUGAAUGUGGAUGGAACCCAAUGUUUGCCUGAAUGUGUUGAAAUAUUUAUGUUUCGUUGCAUCAGAGUGAUAUAAUAGUAACUGAAAGAUGUCUUAAGGUGGACUUUGCCUGUGGAUUUGCUGAAAGAAAACACAUUUGGACUGUGCAAGGAGACCUGUUAAUUAUUAUGUUCUGUUCAAAAUCAGCAGCUGGUUUGCAAGGUUUGAUAUUCGUCCUGUUUUGUGCACUUUGUUUGCAAAUGUUUAUUGAAAAGAAUCACUACUUUUAAUAUUCUGCCCAUAAAAGGGGCAUAUCAUGUCUUAAUUGUGUUUCUAGAUGUCAGCCAGACCUGGAGGUGGACAAUAAUUUACUGACAUACAGUACAUUUUACUGUGUAUAUAUAAAAACAUGCCGUCUGCUGAUUAUUAUUAUUAACUGCGUUUGUAUUCAGUGCUUCAACAUGGUUAUUGUAGUGUCUGAGGAUAGGCCGAAUGAGGGCUGCAGUUUCCUUCUAGAGUACAGUGACGAUGUUUUGAUUUUAAUUCUAGCUAAAUAAAGGUGCAUUGUACUGAAGCUGUAUUUGAAGGUGACUCCUUGUACUUUUCCCAAAGACAUGUAAUAUUUGAGUAAAUUUCAUAGCCACAUUAAAAAUGCCUGUUUGAAAAUGUA